GUGCGUUGCCAUGACGACCUGGAGACGCUGCACCGACAACGGGGCUGAGACCCAACCAGAGGGAGCCUGGAAAGAGAAAAACGGGUCUGCCAGAGAUGAACGGCCAGGUUUCAACCAAAACUGGGGUGGCCGAGCUAGAGCUUGACACCGUGAUCGGUUUCAAUGGACAUGUGCCCACUGGCCUCAAAUGCCACCCUGACCAGGAGCACCUGAUUUAUCCGCUGGGUUGCACCAUCCUCAUUCAAGCCAUCAAUACUAAUGAGCAGAAUUUCCUGCACGGCCAUGACAACAACGUCUCCUGUUUGACCAUCUCCAAGAGCGGAAAUUACAUUGCCUCGGGACAGGUCACUUUCAUGGGGUUCAAGGCAGACAUCAUUUUGUGGGAUUAUAAGAAGAGGGAACUGGUUGCUCGGCUGUCGCUUCACAAGGGCAAGAUUGAAGCGCUGGCCUUCUCGCCCAACGACCUGUACUUGGUGUCGCUCGGAGGCCCGGACGAUGGAAGCGUGGUGGUGUGGAGCACAGCUAAGGGAGAGGCCAUCUGUGGCAGCCCAGCGGCCGGCCUCAAUGUGGGCAAUGCCACCAACGUGGUCUUCUUCAGGUGCCGAGACGAGAUGUUUGUUACUGCAGGAAAUGGGACGAUUCGCGUGUGGGAACUGGAUCUUCCAAAUAGGAAAAUCUGGCCAACUGAAUGUCAGACAGGACAGAUGAAAAGGAUAGUCAUGAGUAUUGCAAUGGCCGAAGAUGACAGCUUUUUCUACCUUGGCACUACAACUGGAGAUAUCCUAAAAAUGAACCCCAGGACCAAACUGCUGACAGAUACAGGGCCCCUAAAGGACAAGUACAGUCUGGGAGUGUCAGCCAUCAAGUGCCUGAAGAUGGGGGGUUUGCUGGUGGGCUCUGGAGCUGGAUUGCUGAUGUUCUGUAAAAGUCCCAACUACAAGCCCAUCAAGAAAAUUCAGCUCCAAGGGGGCAUCUCUUCCAUCACGCUGCGGGGAGAAGGACACCAGUUUUUCGUAGGAACAGAAGAAUCACACAUCUACCGCGUCAACUUCACCGAUUUCAAAGAGACUCUGAUUGCGACGUGUCACUUCGAGGCUGUGCAGGACAUUGUGUUCCCGUUUGGCACUUCUGAGCUCUUCGCCACCUGUGCCAAGAAGGACAUCCGGGUGUGGCACACCUUGUCCAACCGGGAGUUGCUGCGGAUCACGGUGCCCAACAUGACCUGCCAUGGCAUAGAGUUCAUGCGCGAUGGCAAGAGCCUGGUUUCAGCGUGGAAUGAUGGCAAAAUCCGUGCCUUCGCCCCUGAGACGGGCCGACUGAUGUACGCCAUCAAUAGUGCUCACAGGAUCGGCGUGACGGCCAUCGCCACCACCAGUGACUGUAACAGGAUCAUCAGUGGCGGUGGGGAAGGGGAGGUAAGGGUUUGGAAGAUCAGCAGCCAGUCUCAGAAGCUGGAGGAGGCCCUCAAGGAGCACAAGUCCUCUGUGUCCUGCAUCAGGGUGAAGAAGAACAACGAGGAGUGUGUCACCGCCAGCACUGAUGGCACGUGCAUCAUUUGGGACCUGGUGCGCCUCAGGAGGAAUCAGAUGAUCCUGGCCAACACCCUCUUCCAGUGUGUCUGCUAUCACCCCGAUGAGUUCCAGAUCAUCACCAGUGGGACAGACAGGAAGAUUGCUUACUGGGAAGUGUUUGAUGGGACAGUCAUCAGAGAGCUGGAAGGUUCCUUGUCCGGGUCAGUGAACGGGAUGGAUAUCACACAAGAGGGACUACAUUUUGUCACAGGAGGAAACGACCAUCUGGUCAAAGUUUGGGACUACAACGAGGGUGAAGUAACUCAUGUCGGGGUGGGACACAGUGGCAACAUCACACGCAUCCGGAUAAGUCCAGGCAACCAGUAUAUAGUGAGCGUCAGCGCGGAUGGAGCCAUCCUGCGGUGGAAGUACCCUUACCCCUCGUGAAGCCCCAGGGGCUGCCCAAGGCAGCGCGAGCGU